CAGUCACAGAAUACUGAAGGAAGCAGCAUGGAGUAUUUACUGGUGUCAACCGAAAAGGUGCCCUCUUUACAACAGUACAAGAAAACGGACAAAGACGUUAUUGGAGGUCUAUGCAGUUUGGCCAAGGGUCAUCUGACCCCAGAAACGGCGCGUGACCAAGAACGGCGCCUUCGCCGCGAGAUCGCCAAUAGCAACGAACGUCGCCGAAUGCAAAGCAUCAACGCAGGUUUCCAGUCCCUCAAAACGCUCAUCCCUCACAGCAGCGGAGAGAAACUCAGCAAGGCAGCCAUCCUGCAGCAGACAGCAGAUUACAUUUACUCUCUGGAGCAGGAAAAAACUCAACUACAACAGCAGAACAGCCAGCUACAACUCUUUAUACAGGAGAUCACUGGUUCAUCCCCAAAAAGGAAACGCACGGAGGAGAAGGAUGAAGGAAUAGGCUCCCCUGACACACCGGAGGAGGACAGAGUGGAGGACUUCCGCAGGGACAUGUUGGACCUCCGUCAACAGCUGGAGAAAGAACGGUCUAUGCGCAUGUUACUGGAGGAACAGAUCCACUCCCUCGGCGUUCACCUUCAUUCGGAGAAGAAGAAGGUCAUAACUCAACAGGUCCAGGAGGAGAAUGCACACGUCCACUCACAAACACUGCAGAGACUGCAGCAGCAACACGAUACCUGUCCCAACCCACCACCGGCACCCACCCACCAUCCUACUGUCAUCGUCCCUGCCCGCAUGCACCCCCUCACUCCCCAGCAUGUUACCGUGGUUACCAUGAGCCCGACCUCCACUAGCAGCACUCUGUCCACGUCCAGGCAGAAUCUGGAUGCUAUUGUUCAGGCUAUCCAGCACAUUGAAGGUUAUCAGAGAGUGGGCGGGGCCAUGGAAGAGCAGAGGAAAGCUGUCAUUGUGACACCAAGACGUAUUUCCAUGGAUACCACCGGCUCAGACACAGACUCUUACAGCGAGGGAGAGGACUACUCUGCAUGAGUUGAUCGCUCUCACACUAACACACACACACACACGCGCACACACACACACACACACAGCCAUUAAAAUCGUACAAAUACU